CAUCAGUAUACACAAAAUACUUACAUUCUUCCAGCAUUAGCUUCCUUUUUUCAUACUUGUGAUUGGAAUGCAGGUCGAGUUAAUAGUAAAAUUAAUCAACAAGGAGGAAAGAGAAUACGAGUUCAAGUCACUGCCACUUCACGGCAUAGAGUUGGUUUAAGUCAUGGGCUUAGAAAAGUUCGUCAAGGAAGACCAAGAAAAAACACUCAAGUUAACGAUACCGAAACAACCCAGAAGCUAAAUCAUUCAAUUAUGCCAACACGGAAAAGUCACCUAAAAAAACGCUCAUAUAACUUGAAUUGGGCUUUAAAAGAAAACAGACCUAAUGAUAUAAAGUAG